CUGCUCCGCGGGAGCGCAGGGCCCGAGUCCGCGCGACGGCCCUUUCGGGACAGGUCCCUGGAUGAGCAAGAGCUGACGACAGCCAAGUCCCUCCUUCUCUGUGUGUGGGGAGCAGGGCUGUGGGCCCAGGUGGCACCAAUGCCGAAGAACAGCAAGGUGACCCAGCGAGAGCACAGCAGUGAGCAUGUCACGGAGUCGGUGGCCGACCUGCUGGCCCUCGAGGAGCCGGUGGACUAUAAGCAGAGUGUCCUGAACAUGGCUGGCGAGGCAGGCGGCAAGCAGAAGGCCGCGGAGGAGGAGCUGGACGCAGAGGACCGGCCUGCCUGGAACAGCAAGCUGCAGUACAUCCUGGCCCAGAUCGGCUUCUCCGUGGGCCUGGGCAACAUCUGGAGGUUCCCCUACCUGUGCCAGAAAAAUGGAGGCGGUGCCUACCUGGUGCCCUACCUGGUGCUGCUGAUCAUCAUUGGGAUCCCCCUCUUCUUCCUGGAGCUGGCUGUGGGCCAGAGGAUCCGCCGCGGCAGCAUUGGUGUGUGGCACUACGUGUGCCCCCGCCUGGGAGGCAUCGGCUUCUCCAGCUGCAUAGUCUGCCUCUUUGUCGGGCUGUAUUACAAUGUGAUCAUCGGGUGGAGUAUCUUCUACUUCUUCAAGUCCUUCCAGUACCCUCUGCCCUGGAGUGAAUGUCCUGUUGUCAGGAAUGGGACCAUGGCAGUGGUGGAAGCGGAGUGUGAGAAGAGCUCAGCCACUACCUACUUCUGGUACCGAGAGGCCUUGGACAUCUCCAACUCCAUCUCAGAGAGUGGGGGCCUCAACUGGAAGAUGACCCUGUGCCUCCUUGUGGCCUGGAGCAUUGUGGGCAUGGCCGUCGUCAAAGGCAUCCAGUCUUCGGGGAAGGUGAUGUACUUCAGCUCUCUCUUCCCCUAUGUGGUGCUGGCCUGCUUUCUGGUCCGGGGGCUGCUGCUGCGAGGGGCUGUCGAUGGCAUCCUGCACAUGUUCACACCAAAGCUGGACAAGAUGCUGGACCCCCAGGUGUGGCGGGAGGCAGCCACCCAGGUCUUCUUCGCCCUGGGGCUGGGCUUCGGGGGUGUCAUCGCCUUCUCCAGCUACAACAAGCAGGACAACAACUGCCACUUCGAUGCCGCCCUGGUGUCCUUCAUCAACUUCUUCACCUCGGUGCUGGCCACCCUCGUGGUGUUCGCCGUGCUGGGUUUCAAGGCCAACAUCAUGAAUGAGAAGUGUGUGGUCGAGAAUGCUGAGAAAAUCCUGAGAUACCUCAACACCAACGUCCUGAGCCGGGAUCUGAUCCCUCCCCAUGUCAACUUCUCCCACCUGACCACCAAGGACUACUCGGAGAUGUACAAGGUCAUCAUGACAGUGAAGGAGGACCAGUUCUCAGCCCUGGGCCUUGAUCCCUGCCUUCUGGAGGAUGAGCUGGACAAGUCCGUGCAGGGCACAGGCCUGGCCUUCAUUGCCUUCACCGAGGCCAUGACGCACUUCCCCGCCUCCCCAUUCUGGUCUGUCAUGUUCUUCCUGAUGCUCAUCAACCUGGGCCUGGGGAGCAUGAUUGGAACCAUGGCGGGCAUCACCACGCCCAUCAUCGAUACCUUCAAGGUGCCCAAGGAGAUGUUCACAGUGGGCUGCUGUGUCUUUGCAUUCUUCGUGGGGCUGUUGUUCGUCCAGCGCUCCGGGAACUACUUUGUCACCAUGUUUGAUGACUACUCGGCCACCCUGCCACUCACGGUCAUCGUCAUCUUAGAGAACAUCGCUGUGGCCUGGAUCUAUGGAACCAAGAAGUUCAUGCAGGAGCUGACGGACAUGCUGGGCUUCCGGCCCUACCGCUUCUAUUUCUACAUGUGGAAGUUCGUGUCUCCACUGUGCAUGGCUGUACUCACCACGGCCAGCAUUAUCCAGCUGGGGGUCACGCCCCCAGGCUAUAGCGCUUGGAUCAAGGAGGAGGCUGCUGAGCGCUACCUGUAUUUUCCUAACUGGGCCAUGGCGCUCCUUAUCACCCUCAUCGUCGUGGCCACCCUGCCCAUCCCCGUGGUGUUCGUCCUGCGGCACUUCCACCUGCUCUCUGACGGCUCCAACACCCUCUCCGUGUCCUACAAGAAGGGCCGCAUGAUGAAGGACAUCUCCAACCUGGAGGAGAACGACGAGACCCGCUUCAUCCUCAGCAAGCCGAAUGACUGGAAUAAUCCAGAAGUCCUGGCCUCCCAGUGCAGGGGAGACUCCAAGUGGCCACAUAGGAGUCCCUCCUCCCUCUCUUCCUCCCUGGAACCCGCCUGCUGUUCUGAGGUCUCAGAUUCCCCAUGUGCUGCCGGGUGAGAGACACCUGGAUGGGGUGGGGCGGGGAGUCCCAGAGGUUCCUGACUUAUGGCCAGGGGCGGGACACAGGUGUCAGGGCUCAGAAUUGGGGUGGCUUCUGCUUUGUGAGGCAGAUGGUGCCCUCUAAGGGGCUCCCCUGCGGCCUCUAAGUGGAGUACCCCAUGUCCGUGCCCGGGGAGGGGGUGGAUGUGCCCCUGACUCUGCUUGGGAGGGCGAUGACUGGGCCUGAACCCAUCCCCGUCUCCAUUAGGGCUUAGCCGUGCCCCCGUCUGCCCCUCCCAUCCUGGAGCCAGCCUGGUGGCUUCCAGCUGGUUCCCUGCGCGGAGGGACAGUGUGUGCAGAGGCUUCCAGAGCACACUCGACUGUUCACAGCACAAUCGGAUGGUUUGGAGCACAACAGUGAAGCACACUCUCCCCACACCCGCGCCCAGGGCCCACUUUCUCACUCGCAGCAGCUUCUCCCUGGAAAUGGGGGUCGCUGGAGCUCAGGAGCUCACACCCAGAAGCCUUGCACCUGGGGAAAGGCAGAUGCGUCCCUGGCAGAUGGGCCACCUCUCGCUCUCCUUGUGCAAGCACAGCCACCUCACGCGCGUGUCCUGUGUGGACACCUCUGACCCCUGUCCCGAGCUGCCUGGCCCUGGGCAGCGCCAUGGGAACCGGAAGCUGCUGAGUGGAAGGGCCAAGCCUCUGGCCUGGGGCCCAGCCUCUGCAGUAUCCCCACCCACCCCUACCUUGGGUCUCCCCUGAAAAGGGGCUGCCCUUGGAGUACAGACUGGGGGGGGUGGUUAGAACCUGACUGGAGAACAAAUGUCUACAGAGAGAUGGCUGGAUGGAUGGGAGGCUGGGUGGACCAGUGGAGGGAUGCAUGGGCUCAUGAGGAUGGAUGGACCAGCGGAGGGAUGCAUGGAUGGAUGGAUGGAUGGAUGGACGAAUGGGAGGACCCAUGAGGGAGGGAUGGACUGAUGGGAGGCAGGAAGGCGGGGAGGGAGGGAGGCUGGCUGGACUGCAAUCCUCCAUCUUUGAGAGCCCUGGUGAGUGAGGCAGGAACAGGCCGCUGCCCUAGGUCCAGGCCUCUUCAUGGAGUGUCCCGAGUCAUCCUGGUCCUUGACUUCCCAGCUCCAGGAGGAACAGACUAGGCCCAGGGUUCCCUUCUCCACCCCUUAGUCACUAGGUCUCCCCCUGGGUGGGCUUCCAGCCUCUACCCUGCUUUCUCCCUUACUCAUCGCUCCCUCACACCUCCCUUUCCAGUGCUCUCAGCCCCAUCUGUCCUUCUGAGUACGUGAGGGGAGCAGGAGACCCACCUCUCCCCAAAGACUUGAGCUUUUGGGCACAACAUCCGCCUUAGCCCUCUCACCUGACGACACCCCUUACCUGGCCUCGUGCCUGAUCCCAAGCAGAAUUAGCAACAGGAAGAGCCAGGCCCGGGAGAGACAGCCUACUAUAUAUACUCUUCUACAUAUUCUAUUUCUAUUGUAUAUUCAAUCUGUACAUGUGGGUGUAAAUGCUGUUAAAUGACAAACCCAAUAUUACACCGUGGCUGGUGGACUAUUUUCAUUCUCAGUGCUGUACAGAUCUAUUUUCAUUGUAUAUUUGAUAUAUUUUUAAUUUUGUAGCGUGUGGCUGGGCCAGGCCCCAGCCUCCAGCCUGGGACAGGGGGCUGAGCUGGGCUGUCUGCUUCGUCCUGUGGCUCAGCAGUGUUCUAGCCUCUGCCGGAGGCAGGCGCUGCCCUGGCUGUGUCUCUGCUGUUAGAUGUAGGGCCCAGAGCUUGGUGAGUGAGUAUGUGUGUGCGUGUGUGCGCGCGUGUGUACAAAUGUGGGCGUGGGUGUGUGGGGGUGCUGAUUUGUGAUUCCCAGUGUUCACCCCAUUCCUGAAGAACAUGCUGCCCUCCCCCUCCUGCUCCCUCCCCUCAGCUCUGUCAGAGAGGCCUCAGGGCAGGGUCCCACGGGAAGCCCCCCCCCCCGUUACUGGGAAAGGACAUAUUCUGGGCUGGUGACUCAUUGCCUUCACACCGCUGGACUUGCCAGAAACCAGGAAGAAGGGACCUUGGGGAAAAGCCCCCAGUUUAUUUUCCAGCCAGCCUCUGACUGUUGCCAUUGGAGUUUCAAGCUCUUCAUCCGGAAGAAAAUCUCAGUGUUGCCUCUGCCCUGCGUUUGUCCUUGAGAUGGUCCCGACAGAGGAGGGGACAGCUGCCCCUCCCCAGUGCUCCGGACACACACACCUCUGCUCACUCUGCUGGGGAGCUGGAGAUUGGGGUGAGGCCAGCAGGCCCAGGUAAGCUCCAGCCUCAGGUUCCCUGGAGGAGCAGGAAGUGGCCGAGGAGGGGCAAGCCCCCAUGUUCCCACACAACGUCUCCCCCCACCCCAGGCUUUGGUGCUGUCCUUCCAGUGCCCACAGGAGACAGAGUGGACUCCAGGGCCAGGCUGGGGCAUGCCUAGAAGAGCCAGCCCCUGGUCCCUGCCCCUGCCAGCCCACCAGCCUCAGUCACCAGCUUCUUGCUCAGGGAGCCUUCUGCCCUCUCCACUGAGGCAACAUGAAGCUCGAGGCCCAGAUGGGGAUGAACAGGUGGGGCACCCAAGUAAUGCCAGCAAGGUUGGCUCUUCCCUCCAGCAAUAAAUCUGUAGGGACUGCUGCUUUCCUAGUGCCAGGAGAAGCCCUCCCAAGUCAACCUGCCAAACCGCGAGGCUGGGGCUGGAAGCUGCGGAGUCCCAGGCCAUGAAUAAGCUUGCAGUAUUACAGGCAGGGGCUGCCCUUCUGCCCCCUCAGAGCCACCCCCAGGCCAUUCCCCACUGUGGAGAAGAGAGCGACUGAACAGGUUGGAAUGCAUGUGAUCCCUGAGCAUCCGCUAGGCCCUGGAACUUGGGGCCUGCUGCCUCUUCACUGGGGCCUGGUGACAGGUGGGGGAGGAGGGCCCAGGGCCCCUUCUCAUGCCAAGCACUGCUUUGUACAGUCCCAAGCACACCUGGCAGGCAGCACUUUAGGUUCUGGCACGAAUUCAGAACAAUUCAAGUCCAUGUGCCCCACGGCUGGUCAGAGGCCUGGUCAAGACCACUCAGCCCAGGGGAGGGGGCAAAGCAUCAUCACCCCGGAGCCCCUCUUUCCUCUCUAUACCUCCCUCCCCACGGUGUACAAUAAAGUGUCUGUUCUUACCAAAGAC